ACCGUUGCCAGCCGAGAGAGCUAGCUCUGGGAGGAAUUGGACUUGUCUCUGACGCUGUUCUCUUCUCGAUUCCACUUUGCACUUCCAGUGUGGCUUGGUGAAUAUCGUUCACAUUUCAGGCCAAAAUGGAUAGUGAUCACGUUGGAAAUUCUAUCAACAAUUCGGAGACCAAGUCAAAAGAAAACAGCAGUGCAGCCGUGAAUCAUUCAGGAGAUGUUCUGAAUGGGUUCUCGAAUGGAAUAGACAAAAAACAUAAAGAGAGAGAUGGUGAUAAGCAUAGGGACAAGCAUAAGGAGCAUAGAGAUAAGGAUAGAGACAGAGAUCGCGAUCGUCAUAAGGAUAAGCACAGCUCUAGCAGUAAGGACAAGGAUAGACACAGCAGUAGCAGCAGUAACAAGGACAGAGAUAAGGAUAAGGAAAGGCGAGACAAGGACAAGCACAGAGAUGAAAAGCGCUCUGACAAAGAUCACAAGAGCAGUAGUAGCUCGAGCAAAGACAAGGACAGAGAGCAUAAGAGUAGCAGCUCUAGUAAACACAGCUCUAGUUCUUCAAGUAGAGACAAAGAACGAGAGAAAGACAAACACAGUAGCAGCUCCAGCAGAGACAAGGAAAAGGACAGACAUAGCAGCUCUGACAAGGACAAGCAUAGAUCGGAAAAAGACAGACAUAGUUCCAGCUCCAAAGACAAGCACAGUUCUUCGUCGAGUGACAAAGACAAGCAUAGGCAUUCGUCUAGCUCUGAUAAGAAACACUCGAGUAGCAGCAGCAGCAAGGAUAAGGAGAGGGAGAGAGAAAAGGAGAAGAACAGAGAAAAGGAAAAGGUUAAAGUGAAACCCAUUGAUGAAUCUCCAGAGAUCAAGAAAGAAGUAAAAAUUAAGCAAGAGGACGAUAACCUUGACAGUCCUCCGCCUCUGAAAAUCGACAUCAAAGAGGAGAACGAAUCUGAAGAGGAAGCAGAGAACAACGGAAGCUACAUGGAGCCAAGUCUGAACACAAGUCAAUCUAUGGUCGACUACAACUCUACUGCCGUCAAAGAGGAGGAAGAAUCUGAAGAUGACAUUCCACUGUAUGCAAAGCAGGAUAGAGGAAUGGCUAACAGAUCGAUAAAGCGAGAACAUGAAUCUGAGGAAUCAGAGGAUGACAUUCCGUUGUAUGCUAGAAAGAAGGUAAAGAAAGAACCAAAGGCAAAGAAGAAGAAGCGGAAGAUGGAAAGUGAGGAUGAAGAGGAAGAAGAUUUCAAGCCGGCUAAGAAACCGAUUAAAAAGGAAAAGAAAGUCAAAACCGAACAAUCGUCCAUUGUAGAGAGCCCAAAGAAAAAGAAAAAGAAGGAAGAAGAGGAACAGGAAGUCUGGAAAUGGUGGGAAGAAGAAAAGAAGCCUGACGGAGUGAAAUGGAACUUUUUGGAACACAAAGGACCGGUUUUUGCCCCCGACUAUGAACCACUACCAAGUAGUGUCAAAUUUUACUACAAGGGCAAAGAGAUGAAACUGUCACAAGACGCGGAAGAGGUGGCGACAUUUUAUGCGCGCAUGCUGGAGCACGACUACACGACGAAGGAGGCGUUCAACAAGAACUUCUUCCACGAUUGGCGCAAGGAGAUGACGGCCCAUGAGCGCGAAGUCAUCACCGACCUGUCUGCCUGCGACUUCAAGAAGAUGCACGCCUACUUUGUGCAAAAGUCGGAGGAGCGCAAGGCCAUGAGCAAGGAGGAGAAAAAGGCUAUCAAAGAACAAAACGAGGAAUUGGUGAAAAAGUACGGAUUCUGUUUGAUUGACGGUCAUAAAGAGAAAAUCGGCAACUUCAGAAUUGAACCGCCCGGCCUGUUCAGGGGCAGAGGUGAACAUCCAAAGAUGGGAAAGCUGAAGAGGAGAGUCGUCUCCGAAGACAUCAUCAUCAAUUGCAGCAAAGACUCGAAAAUACCCAAGGCGCCCGAUGGCCACAAAUGGAAGGAAGUUCGCCACGAUAAUACGGUAACUUGGCUUGCCAGCUGGACAGAAAAUGUUCAAGGUCAAGUGAAAUACAUCAUGUUGAAUCCGUCAUCCAAGCUGAAGGGUGAAAAGGAUUGGCAGAAGUACGAAACGGCCCGAAAACUAGCGAAAUCUAUUGAUAAAAUUCGUGCUGAUUACAUAGAGGAUUGGAAAUCGAAAGAAAUGAGGAUACGGCAAAGAGCUGUAGCUAUGUACUUCAUUGACAAGUUGGCGCUGAGAGCUGGUAACGAAAAGGAUGAGGACCAGGCGGAUACAGUCGGUUGCUGUUCAUUGCGUGUUGAACAUAUCAAACUCCUGCCUGAAUGUAAUGGAAAAGAAUACGUCGUUGUGUUCGAUUUCCUCGGUAAGGAUUCAAUACGGUACUACAAUGAAGUCCCUGUAGAGAAGAGGGUUUUCAAAAAUUUACAACUUUUCAUGGAGAAUAAAAAGGAGGGAGAUGAUCUCUUUGACCGGCUUAAUACGAUGAUUCUCAACAAACAUCUGAACGAAUUAAUGGAUGGUCUAUCUGCAAAGGUAUUCCGUACUUACAACGCUUCUUGGACGCUACAAAAUCAAUUGAGAGAAUUGACUGAUCCAAACGCUUCGGAAGCUGAAAAAAUUCUGGCGUACAACAGAGCGAAUCGUGCUGUGGCCAUCCUAUGUAACCAUCAGCGGUCAGUGCCCAAAUCGCACGAAACGUCUAUGACCAAACUGAAGGAGAAAAUUAUUGCCAAGAAAGAUGCAAUCAAGGAAAUGGAACGCCAUCUCAAGGAUGUUAAGCGGGAAGCAAAGGAUGGAUCUGCUAAAGGAAGAAUGGCUGUUGAUAAGACCAAAAAGAGUUUAGAAAGACUUCGCGAUCAACUAAUGAAACUAGAGGUACAAGAAACCGACAGAGAAGAGAACAAGACUAUAGCAUUGGGAACGUCGAAGCUCAAUUAUCUUGAUCCCAGGAUAUCUGUCGCUUGGUGCAAAAAGUUCGACGUACCAAUUGAAAAGAUCUACAACAAAACGCAAAGAGACAAGUUCCGGUGGGCAAUUGACAUGGCUGGUCCCGAUUAUGUAUUUUAAUGUAUAGGUCGUCUACUAUACACGAAUGAGAUAGUUGCACUCAUCAAAUACAUAGUGAGUUCUCUUAACGACAACUAGUUUGUAAUAUAUGUUUUUCUACAAAAGAGAAAUAUAUUUUUAAUUUAAGUUAUAAUUUCGGUUGUCUUAUUCAAAUAUACCACAUCUCCGAAUUUUAAAUGUCAGUGAAACCCUGUUAAUUCUAAACCAACGAUUUGAAAAGAUUAGUCGCUAUUGGAACAGUUUUUCGUGGGCUACAAAAAGUGAUCUUAUCACCUGAAAAUUUUCUUAGUCUUUCAUGAUUGCAUGCUAAUUUUAAUUGCUUGUUAGAUGUGAUUUUAGUCUCCAGUCUAUUAUCACAGGGUUAUGAGAUUCUUCACUGUGGAUAUUGAAGAUAUGAGUAAUUAUUAUUCUAGAUCAUUAUUGAUAUUAUAUUGAAUGAGAUCUCAUUCACGAGAUUAAUGAAUAAUGAUUUCGUUUAUCAGAAGUCUUUUCACUCUGUGCUCUUGAGUGUGAGUGUGUAAGCAUUAUGUGGUGUGCUAACGUAUGUGUAUGAGUGAGUGAGUGAGGAAGAUAACAUUGCUUACCGUCUUUCCAUUUCAAAAUAAAGUUCAUCAAUUAUUUUCAUUUCUGAUUUUUCAAUAGUUUCUUUGUGUUUGCAAUAUUGUUGAAAGUAUUUGGAAAACAAUUAUCAAAAUCUAUGAAGUAAAUUCGAUUAUUAUUUUAGUAUAGUAUUUUUUAUAGUUGGGAACCUUUUGAUUUUAAAUUGUGAUUUUCAAAAUUGAAAGAGACUUAAUGCAUUUGGUGUGUUGUGAUUGUUAGUGAACAUUUUAUUGAUAACUGAGAUGAGAUGAAGAGAAUGCUUGUCUUGCUGUAUUUUUUCGGUGUUGUGAACGUUAAUUAUUUUCCAAAUAGUGUUCUAUACAAAACAUGUAUUCAAGAGUGUAUAAUCUCUCCUCCAAAUACAUAGAUUUUAAUGUGAGUAUUGCCUUCAAAUAUUGUUUUCAAUACAAAAACUAUACUUCAAAUGUAUAAAAAUUAUACAAAGAUUGUAUUUAUUUAUUUUAGUAGAAUAAUUUUAUAUUUAAUUGAUUAGUGGAGUUUUUAAAUUCUGAUUUUAAUAAUUGAUUACGAUACAUUGGUACUGUAAUUAUUAAGCGCACGACUCUUAGUAAUAGAUAUUUAGUGGUUAAAAAAAUUCUAUGAACAAAUAUUAUGUGAUUUUUGUCCAUCUAUGCUUUGCUAGGAAAUGACUGCGUCACUCCCUUUAGUAAAAUAAUUAUGCGAAAAAAUAUCAGUGUAAUUCUAAUUUUUAGAGGAUGACUGGUUCCUUUUCAUCAGAACUUGUGUCUGUAUGAUGGUAUUGUAUUCAGUUGUAUUGCACGGAAUAUUUUUGUCAUUUUUUUGAAAUAAACUAUUCUAAAUGACAA